UUGGCUCGCAAAAAGUGUUGAAAAAGUUUUUAGACCCCCUCCCCUGUAUGUUUUUGUUGGGGGAAAAGUUGUUGGAAGUUAGGUCGUGUGAAUGUAGCGUGUCCGCCGUUUUUCGCCCCUCGGUUUCAGGGGGAAUGCGAGUUUUUCCAGAGUCGGACAGCGAGCUUUUGGAGCAGCGUUUCUCCGCUUUAAGUCCUCUGGCUCCGGCUGUAAAAAAAUCUCAGUGGCCAUCAUCGUUUCACCUCUGCCGUCUCGUUAGCCACCUAGCUAGCUGCGCCGAGAGCUAACUACCCAACAAAGUUAACCUCACCUCACAGUGUCUUUCUUGUGGUGACUUCUCGCUUUGGAGGGAUUUAAGCAACAAUAGAGAUGGCGGAAACCAAAAUAAUUUAUCACAUCGACGAAGAGGAGACGCCGUACUUGGUGAAGAUACCCAUUGCUGCCGAAAAUAUAACUUUGCUGGAUUUUAAACAAGUCCUGAACAAGCCAAACUACAAGUUCUUCUUUAAGUCUAUGGACCAGGACUUCGGGGUGGUUAAAGAAGAGAUUUCUGACGACGGCGCCAAGCUUCCAUGUUUCAACGGCAGAGUGGUGUCAUGGCUGGUAUCUUCAGACACUCCAGCGGCAGAGCCUCCUGUGGCCGUGGUCCCCCCUGUGGAAACGACGACCCAGCCUUCGCCCCCUCCUCCACCCCUCCCACCUCCGCCUGUGGAGAGGACCGGGGGCAUCGGGGACUCCAGACCCCCCUCCUUCCAUCCCAAUGCGACGGGCAGUGUGGAGACGCUGGACGAGCAGACGGAAACCGAGUCUGUCGUUUCCUUCAGGAGAGAGAGACCCCGACACAGAGAGAGCAUGGAGCAGCACGGGCCUCGUAUAAACGGUCAGAGUCGACUUGAGCGCCACCUGGCGGGCUACGAGAGCUCCAGCACGGUGAUGAGCAGCGAGCUGGAGACCACCAGCUUCUGUGACUCUGAGGACGACGACACUAUGAGCAGGUUCAGCAGUGCGACAGAGCAGAGCACCGCCUCCAGGCUUCUUAAACGGCACCGCAGACGCAGGAAACAGCGCCCCCCACGUUUAGAGAGGGCGUCCUCCUUCAGCAGUGUGACUGACUCCACCAUGUCCUUAAACAUCAUCACUGUCACCCUCAACAUGGAGAAGUACAACUUCCUCGGCAUCAGCAUUGUGGGUCAAAGCAACGAACGUGGAGACGGAGGAAUCUACAUCGGCUCCAUCAUGAAGGGAGGAGCUGUGGCUGCAGACGGACGCAUUGAGCCCGGAGACAUGCUGCUGCAGGUGAAUGACAUCAACUUUGAGAAUAUGAGUAAUGACGAUGCUGUACGGGUACUGAGAGAGAUUGUUCACAAGCCAGGGCCCAUCAUCCUCACAGUGGCCAAGUGUUGGGACCCUUCUCCUCAGGGCUACUUCACUCUGCCUCGCAAUGAACCGAUCCGACCCAUAGAUCCGGCAGCGUGGGUGAGCCACUCUGUCGCCAUGACAGGGGCAUACCCUGCUUUUCCAGGCAGCUCUUCCCUCAGCACCAUCACGUCCUCCUCCUCCGUCACAGAGACUGAACGUUUCGAUGACUUCAACUUAUCGCUGCACUCUGACAUGGCCUCGGUCGCCAAGGCCAUGGCCUCCCCAGAGUCCGGUCUGGAGGUCAGAGACCGCAUGUGGCUGAAGAUCACCAUCCCCAACGCUUUCCUCGGCUCAGACGUGGUGGAGUGGCUGUUCCAUCACAUCGAGGGGUUCCAGGACCGCCGUGAAGCCAGGAAGUACGCCAGCAACCUGCUGAAGGCUGGCUUCAUCCGACACACGGUCAACAAGAUCACCUUCUCCGAACAGUGUUACUACGUGUUUGGAGACUUAAGUGACUGCGAGAACUACAUGGCCAACCUGUCCCUGAAUGACAAUGAUGGCUCCAGCGGGGCCUCAGACCAGGACACCCUGGCCCCCCUCCCCCUCCCUGGUGCGUCCCCGUGGCCCAUGAUGCACACCUUCCCCUACCAGCCGUACCCCACACAUCCUUUCUCCAGCCAGCCGCCACCGUACCACGAGCUCACCAGCUACAGCUACGCCCCCGGCAGCACAGGCAGCCAGCACAGUGAAGGGAGCCGGAGCAGUGGCUCUACGAGGAGCGAGGGCGAGCGUCGUCGCAGCACUAAAGGUCCCGGCAGCACAGUAGGCGGAGGAGAGAAAUCCCCGUCUGGUGCUCCCGGAGAAGGUGGCGGGGGUGACUCGCGCUCUGGCAGCGGCAGCGAAUCAGAAUACUCCACCCGCGGCAGCCUGAGACGUGGCCACGGUUCAGCCGCCCCCAGCGAGCACAGCCACGCCUCCUCCCAACGCUCGCAUCACCACCGCAUGCCCCACCCUCCCCACAUGUCCCCCUACCCGCCGGGCAUCCUGCCGUACAACCCCAUGAUGGUGAUGAUGGUACCCCAGCACCCUCACCCAGCAAUGGCCACCGCUCACGCUCUUCCUCACCCGCAGCAAAUGACCACAGCCGCCAUGCAUCCAGCUCUACCACCGCCCCCUUCCUCCGUUCCAGGGGGGCCGCCUGGAGCCCCACCCACCCGUGACCUUGGCUCCGUACCUCCUGAGCUGACGGCAUCACGUCAGUCCUUCCACCUGGCCAUGGGAAACCCCAGCGAGUUCUUUGUGGACGUGAUGUAGUGACCUCUGACCUUUCAUGUGAAGUUAGCGUACAGUUCCCACUUUUAUGACGAGGGUCUGGUGUGGUACCUAUCGGAGUGCACAAGGGCCUUUUGGAGUGAGGGUACUUGUAAUGAAUAUGGUGAGAACAGGGUUUCACAUCCACAAAAGAAACAAGACAAAGUUAAUACAAAACUAAAUUAGGAUAAGUUCUGACUUAACGUCCACAUUUUGUAGUUUGUCAUAUUCAAAUCCAUUAAAAAAAGUUGUACUUAAGCUCCAUGUUCAUUGUUCUGAUGCAGACACCAGUAUCAAUACUGACACCCAUACCAGUGUGCUUCGGAUACAGCCUAAUAUGCAGUAGGUACGCCAGUCAUGAACCGAUCCUAAUUUAUUCGCCCCCCUUCAGAAAUCAACUGGUUUCAGGUCAAUUCUUAUGUGAACAGAACAAACAUCAGUGCUGUGUUUUACUUGCUUAGUUGUUGCUGUCAAAGAUCAACAAUAAGUAUUUUCCCACCAAUUAUAUGUCUGUUUUUGUUUUUUUGCACUGAUAUGGGAGGGGUACCUUGCAUUAGCUGUUACUCAAAUCUAUGGAAUUGGGAACAUCUGUAAUCACAAUGAUGAGCUUGUUUAUUUUUCUUUAUAAACAAACUAUCUGUUAAGUAUUUUGAGUUCCUAUCAGAGCAAUCCUCAAAACAGAAGUGUAAUAUUUUACACUAACUACUUAGGUCAGAACUGUCCCUCCAGGAGCCGCACAUUUUAACACCCCAGGGUGCCAGGUACACCGUGUACUCGAAAAGGAUAAAAUCCAGCAAACAUAUCCAGAUCGUGUUGUCAGAAUCCACAGCAGCAACAGACUUUGAGUGCCUUACUUUUCCAGUUUUAAGAGACAUUUUUCACACUCCUGGUACACUAAAAAAAAAAACUCAUUAUGUUCCAACAUUGUUUGACAAUGAACCUCUGUAUAUAUCUACUACUCUUCUGUAAAUGCAAUGACACAGAACAGCUAAUGUGAAAAGAAAAUAGGUCCAAGAAUGUCAGGUGAACUUGUGUUUAGUAAUCACUUCCUAGGCCUAGUCGUCAAUAACUCUAAUCGUAAUGACUUGUUGGUGUGGGACUGUAGAGGCUUAAAGGUACUAAUAGGAAAAAGAUGGCUGACAGCGGUACUUUUUGAUUACAUUCUGUGUACAUCUAAAGUUACUGUGAUCCAAAUGCCCCCAGCUCCCCAUGCUUAUUUUUUAUGUUACUGACUCGCAUUAUUCACCCAUUUCAUUUUUGUAUGAGUGACUAUAUAAAUCAUGUAUAACCAAACUGUUAAGGUGCUAAAUGAAGACUCAACAUUUCAAAAAGAAUGACAUUGACUGUGUCAUGUUUGAUUUCAUAUCACCACCUUUGUUUGUGUAUUUGAGAAUAAAUUUGAUACUUGCA